GAGAGAGAGAGAGAGAGAGGGAAAAGAGAGAGAGAGACUAGAGAGAGGAGGGAGUGAGUGAGUGCAUUGCCGGGCGUCCAACAGCACCAUAAAGAAGAGCAUGAGAGACCACCAGAGCGUCCUUACAGGCUACUGUAGCCCCCCUGGACCAGCAGAAGGUUCAGCCAUGGUUCUGAAGGUUCAGAAUGGUUCUGAAGGUUCAGAAUGGUUCUGAAGGUCCAGCCUUGGUUCUGCUCUUGUGAUGCGAGUCCAUGCCUCUGAGCUUCACCCUCUGCAGAGUCCCUCAUCCAUCCGCCUGUCUGUCCAUCUGGGAUGAAAAUGUCCAUUCUCUGAGGUACGAUGGUUGUGAAGCAGGGGAAGCAGUGGAGGUCGGUGUGUAAGGGCCUGAUUCUGGGGACCCUCCUGACCAGCUGCAUGAUUCUGCUUUACUGCCUGUCUGCUCCAGAGGUCCAGUUCAGCCUGCCAGAUGUUCCUGUGCCUUACUCAUGUGCCCACCGUCCACCUUCUGUCCACUCCAAAGCUGCAUCCCACCACAGCCUUCGGAGCUCAGGGCCGGACCAGAGCUGUACCCCAAAGGUGGACAUUGUAUUCCUAAAAACCCACAAAACGGCAAGCAGCACCAUCCUCAACAUCCUGUUCCGCUUCGGGGAGAAGCACCGCCUGAAGUUCGCCUUCCCCAGCAGCCGAAAUGACUUCUUCUACCCGUCACCUUUCCACCGCUCUCAGGUGAAGGACUACGGGCCCGGCGUCUGCUUCAACAUCAUCUGCAAUCACAUGCGCUUCAACGAGGUUGAGGUGGCCAAGGUGCUUCCGGGGGACACCAGUUACAUCACCAUCCUGAGGGACCCGGCGGAACUCUUUGAGUCUUCUUUCCAUUAUUUCGGCCGUCUGGUGCCCUUCACGUGGAAGAUCUCUGGGGAGGACAAGCUGGGGGAGUUCCUGCGGGAACCUGAGCUUUAUUACGACUCGGAGGGCUUCAAUUCCUUCUACCUCAGGAACUUGCUUUUCUUUGACUUUGGGCAGGAUAAUAAUUUGCCAGCAGACGACCCGAGGGUGGCAGAGGGAAUCCGGGCAAUCGCCGAGCGAUUUGAGCUGGUCAUGCUGGUGGAGCACUUCGAGGAGUCGCUGAUCCUGCUCAAGGAUGCCCUUUGCUGGGACAUGGAGGACCUGCUGUUCUUCAAACUCAACGCCCGCAAGGGCUCAACCAUCUCCAAACUGACCCCCGAGCUCAGGGCUAAAGCCUUAGAGUGGAAUGCAGUUGACUGGAAGCUUUACCAGUACUUCAACGCCACCUUCUGGAAGAAGGUGGAAGCGUACGGCACGGAACGCAUGGCGAGGGACGUUGCCGAGCUGCGGCGCCGAAACAAAGAAAUGGCCACCAUCUGCAUCGAAGGUGGCCACGCUGUGGAUGCCGGCAGCAUCCACGAGACUUCCAUGCAGCCCUGGCAGCCCAUAGGCGAGAAGUCUAUUAUGGGAUACAAUCUGAAAAAUAACGUGGACAAAGCGCACAGGAAGCUAUGCCGAAAGAUGCUGACGCCAGAGCUGCAGUACUUAACGGACUUAGGGGUCAACUUGUGGAUCACGAAACUGUGGGGUCACGUGAGGGACAUCUUAAACUGGUAGAGAAAGGGGAAUCUUAUCGCUCCGCCUCUGACCUGUACUGUAAACUCUAGAGAAACAAACUGAAACCUCUUUUUGUGUUACAAAUGGACAGAGACUUCCCUGAAAGUAAUUUGAGUGGUAAAGCAACUUUAAUGUCAUUGUCAAGCAGGUUUUAAGAUGGUCAUUUCAGAUGGUCAAGAUUGGUCAGCAUAAAGCCCGGUCCAGUGCUUUGGUGGUACCGAUUUGCACAAGCAUAGAAGUUUCAUUAAUGUGAAAAGCUUUCAAAAGCUUGCUGUUUAUGCCACAGCUGGGGGAGGGUUCACAAAAUAAUAUUGUUGGGUUCACAAAUUCACGAGUGAUAUGUUUUUUGUUCUAUCCAUCGCAAAUUGAAUCCUCUUUACAGUAACUGAAAGAGCUUGUUAAUAAGCUAAAAACGGGGUUAGAUAUUGGCAGAAGGCAAGUCAGUACACUUGGCAAAGCUAUUUUUGCAAUACCACUGAGCAGAUUCGAUAUUUAUGAUCUCUGUUAAACUAAAGAUCUAAACUGAAGAUCAAAUUACGUUUAGUUUCAAAAUUGCGUUUUAAAUCACUGAUAAAAUCUGAUAAGACCACAUAAAAAGUAGUUUGUAGUGUUUGGAUUGGUAAUGCAUUUAAAACAUCAGACUUUUUUUGGCUUGUUCUGGCUACUGCACUUGCGCUGAUCUCCACUUGCGCUGAUCUCCGCUGUGUUCCCCCAGCACAACAGUAGCUGCAUUUCAAAGCCUAGGCUGCAGUCAAGGUCCUCGGUAGGUCCCUGGUAGGUCCUAGGAAGACUCCUUUUCAGUAGCUUAUUGGUAAAAAAACAUAUGAAACAGUCUAACAAAGCCAAUUUUGUGGUGCUAUUUUUUGUUGUUGUUGUCUAUGUCGAUCUGUGGGAAGGAUACAUCAGUUGUAUUUUCAAAAUCGCUUAAAAUUUAAGAUUUAAGAAAGUGCAACCAGCAAGGUAGGGCGAGAUCUUUUUUUUUAGAGAUUUUAUCCACAAACAGACAAGAACGAGAAGCAGUCCAAGAACUCCCAUUCACUUUUCAACUGUGCAUACUAGCCAGAACUAUCUGAAAAAUCAUCAUCCAUCAUAUUUUUGCAUUGUUGAGCCAAAUUAUUUCAGAUUUAGGAAAUAAAUGCCCAGCGGUAUUACAGAGAUGGCAGCUGGACCUUAAAGGAGAACUCCGGUGUGAAAGUAAAACAUGAUAAAAAGUUCUUACCUUUGUUGAAUAGCCCACCAAUGCUCUGCUACAGCUUUGUGAGAUCCAGUAAUUUUGUACUUUUUGCCCAGCACUCUGUACAACGGCCUUAUAGGGGCAUAUUUUACACCGUUAUCCAGUCUCAAUGUAGCUCCACACCUCCUUAGUAGAAUCUGGAGAGCUCUGACUUUAAAUUGAGGCAUUAAAAACUUUAAAAGUGCACAAGAAGCUUAUUAAAAAAUACUGUUUACAUCUCAUAGUGCAGGUAAAUCUCUGGGCGCCACCAUCUUUGUACUGAUAAUGUCAUAGACAUAUAUACAUAGAUCUCGCAUAGCCUGCCUCCUGUUGUAGCAGUUUCUUAUAACUUAAUGUCCUUAAUGCCUCGUUUUAAAUGUUAGGGCUCUCCAGAUUCUAUCAAUGAGGUGUGGAGCUACUUUGAGCCUGGAUAACGGUGAAAAAAAGUGAUUUAUUGGGGCAAAAUAUGCCAGGUACGGCCGUUUUACAGAGUGCUGGGCAAAAAGUAAAAAAUUACUGGAUCUUAAAAAGCUGUAGGAGAGCGGUGGUGGGCUAUUCAACAAAGGUAAGAACUUUUUAUCAUGUUUUACUACAACAAAAGUCCAUUUUACACCAGAGUUCUCCUUUAAAUACCCUCCCACUUCAAGCACUGGCCGCAUCCCAGCAGCGUACAGAACAGUGAACUGGUGCUCGAGUCAAUCACGAAAACCAAAUCAAUGACACUUUGCUACACAACCUCAUCUUCUUAUCUGAAGUCUUUGUUUUUUGUUUUUUUUUUGGCCUUCUUUGUUGCUCGCUGCCAAUACCGUAUCAGUAAUGUUCUCUCACUGACUCUUACUGGCUGGAGUGGAAGCAUACUGGGGGCGCUGGGAUACCGUGUAUUCCUGUCCUGUUUGUUGUAUCAGCAGCUGCUGCUUAUAUGUUCAUCGGUUACACCCAGAGAGCAGAGCUGCACUGAAUCACAGGUAAAGUGCAGCACGGCUCGGAGCUCAGCGCAGGAAGAGUCAGCUGUUCUGAAGGAGGCACAAACCAAAUGUGAGACUAUAGUAAUACAGCAAUAAAUAAAACAAACUAACAUUCA